AUGAAAGAGAAUUGCCAGGAAAGAGGAGAUAAGUAUAUCAUGUAUCCUAGAUUUGUCAUGAUGUUGAUAAAUGAUAAGAUCAAGGAUCUUCCAAAGAUCAGAAGUGACAUUAUGGAUGUUAGAAACAUUACACAUGAAACAAUUUUGAGAGUUACUAAAGAAGCUGAUGCAAAAACAAAGCAAAUGAUAGGCAGAAUCAAGGAUAAAGAGUAUGUUGCUCCUGAGAAUGAGAAAUGGAGACAUGACAAUAGUGAUUCCGACAAUGAAGACACAAAGAUGAGCGAUAUGACUGAGAAGAAGACCGAAACGUGGUGUGUGAGAGACGGAAAACGAAAGAGAACACCGAAGUCAUCCCCUGCAGUUUCUAUCCCGAAGGAUGGAGAUAAGGAACCACAGCAGAGAUUGAUUGAUGAAACUGUUUUGGAGCCAUCUGUGGUGAUUGAACAAGGAGCUGAUCUUCUAAAUCAAUCUUUUGAGAGUUAUCUAAAAAGGAAUGAGGAAGCAGCAACACAACAAGCUCAAGGAUCAAGUGCUCAUGUUGAGAAGGUUACAAGGGUUGAACCAGAGAUUGAAGCUCAGGGAAGUUCAAGUGAAAAUGAUUCAGAAGCAACUCAAUCUGAAUCUGAAUUGGAUCCAACGACUCUUGGAAGAGGGAGAGCUCAACUGAAGAAAAAGCCUACAAAGAAGCAAAAAGCAUCAGAUGAAGAAGAUUCACCUUAUGAACUGGAUCAGCCAAAGAAACAAGUAAAGAAACGAAAAGCAGCUCAAGCUGGAGUAAUUCCAAGGAAUGUCAGAGCUAAGAAAUCUGGAGCUGAACCACAAAAAGAUAAAGGUGGAAAGAAAGAGAAACACAUUCAGAAGACACAAGGUGUUGAGGUACCAAAAGAACCUGAAGUGGAAUCAAUAAAAGAACCAGUAGCUGAAAAAGAAACCGGUGAUGAUGAUUACGUAGAAGUCACUGGGUUCAAAGCUGCUAGUCCACGUCCUCCUCCACAAGACAAACAAGAAUCAUCUCAACAGAAAGAAAAAGUUGAUUACAUGUUUGAAGGAUUUCCAGAAGCCACGGGAAUAUACACAGAAGAUAUUCCUGAAGAAGACUAUGACAUGUUCAACGAUCAAGCAGUCAAAGAAUUGGUACAAAAGGUCAACAAGUUGGAGAAAGAAAAAGCCAAGACUGAAUUAGAACGUGAAAUUUUGAAGAAGCAAUUUGAUCAACUGAUGAAAGCUCAUGAUCAAGUUAGAGAGGCGUUGAUAGAGCAAGAAGAAACAAUGAACAAAAUGAAGGAUGAAGCUCAUGAUAAUUCUAAGUUGUUUGAAUUGUUGACAUUAGAGAUCUCUUCAUUGAAUGUCAAGAUAAAGAACUUGGAAGAUGUGAAUCAAACACUCAAUCAGCUUCUCAGUGAAAUGAGUGAAGCGUCAUCAAAUGAAAUGAAGGCGAUGAAGUUAGAGAUGGAAGCCAUGAAGGCAGACAAGGUGGUGAAAGAUGAACAACUUCAUAUGCUAUACUCUGUCAUGGAAAGUCAUUUGAAGAUGGAUGUUCAUAUUGCAUUUAAUGAGAUAGAAGUGAAAAGAGCUGAAGAGAGAAGGUUAGAACGAUAA